UCUACCCCCACCUUCUCUCUCCUUCACAUGGUUUCAUUCCAUUAAUUCCCACUCACAACACAGACAAAACUUCAUUGGAUUUUGAGAUACCAUUCUCUCUCCCUCGCCCUCUCCCUCUCCCUCGCUUCUCUUCUGGUAGCCCAGCAUUCUAAACUGGAUAUGAUCCAUGUCUCUGCAAAUUGAACCCACGUAUUCUAUAUCCAUUUCUUAAUGCUUCUCUUUAUUCCCUUCACUAAAUAGAAUUUUAGGGAAAAAAAAGUCUAUAUCUUUUUCUUCAAUUCCAUCUACCGUUGGGCGGGCGUUUCUGGGUCUAUGCGAAACUCUGUUACGCCAUGGCUGCGACCCAAAUGUUUCAGAACGGCGGCAACGAAGUUAGCCGGCAAGAAAUUCAGGCGGCCAUUGCCAAAGCUGUGGAGCUGAGGGCUCUCCACGCUGCUCUUAUGCAAGGAAGCAGCCCCUCUAACCUCCGAUUCCCUUCGGCUUCUCCCGUUUCUCAUGCUGCUUCUCAAUUCUCUGCUCAAGAUUACCCUGUUUUCACCCCUAGUUAUGAAGAUGAACCGUCGAACGGGUACCACCAAGUUCCGAUGAGAAUUGGAACUUUUUCAGAAAGCUGGGAUGAGUAUGGAUUAGGAGGAGGAGGAGGAGGAAAUGAAGAUGAAACAGUUUUUUCUGAUUAUAAGGAGGUUUCAAAAGGGUUGGCUUCUGACUUUACCAAUGUGGAAUCUCAUAUUUGUCCAGCUGAAGAUCUUCAUAAGCCUCUCACUGGAUCUGCCCUUCAAACUUCACCUGCGAACGAUUACUUCAAAUCGUCUAGGAGGAACAGUCUGGGGGACUCGAAAUCGACUUCUUCGUGCAAUCGAUGCAGGCCUGCAGUUAUUACAAAGGAGAGUGACAAUACAGCAAAGAAUAGCAGGCUUUCGAACACCAUAGUGCCGUUGACAGAUUCUCACUUGGCAACUCAAUCGCAACCGAAGAGCCGGGGAGUGAUUUCGUGGUUGUUUCCACGUUUAAAGAAGAAGAAUAAGACUGAGAAUUCCCCUAACAGGACGGAGUCGGAGGAUGUCUCUCAGAUUUUUAAGGAUUUGGGGAUAGUGUCGAUGGAAACGUUGAGGAAAGAAUUGAUUGAGGCAAAUGAGAUGAGAGAUGCUGCAUUGAUGGAGGUUAGCGAGAUGAAGUCGUCAUUAGGUGAGCUGAGGCAGAAGCUGGAGGGCUUAGAAACUUACUGUGAGGAACUGAAGAGAGCUUUGAAGCAAGCAACACAUGCUAGAGAUCUCCAAACUCCUACCAAUUUGCCAAAAAGAACAACAUCAAAUGUGGGGACGAACGGAGAAAAUCGAAUGCCAGUGAGCGAGGAAGUAAUGGUGGAAGGCUUCUUGCAGAUAGUAUCAGAAGCAAGACUAUCAGUAAAACAAUUCUGCAAGACACUUGUGGGCCAGAUUGAAGAAACUGACAGUACCCUGAUGGAGAAUUUGAAUUCACUUCUUCAACCUUACAAACUAUCUCUAAACUCCAAGUACUCAAGAGCAGUGUUGUACCAUUUGGAAGCUACUAUCAAUCAGGCACUCUACCAAGACUUUGAAAACUGCGUGUUUCAGAAGAAUGGCUCCCCCAAGCUGCUAGACCCUCUGCAAGAUCGCCAAGCACAGUUCUCGUCGUUUGUGGCACUGCGAAAUCUCAGCUGGAACGAAGUGUUGAGGAAGGGAACAAAAUACUACAGCGAAGAAUUCAGCAAGUUUUGUGAUCAAAAGAUGAGCUGCAUAAUCACAACUCUGAAUUGGACCAGACCAUGGCCAGAGCAACUGCUUCAAGCAUUCUUUGUAGCUGCCAAAUGCAUUUGGCUGCUUCACUUGCUUGCCUUCUCGUUCGACCCGCCGCUCAAAAUUCUGAGGGUGGAAGAGAAUAGAAGCUUCGAUUCAAGUUACAUGGAAGACAUGUUUGCGGAGAGGCAGAGAAACGGUCCGAGCCGAGUUAAGAUCAUGGUGAUGCCGGGAUUUUACGUACAAGACAGAAUUUUAAGGUGUAAAGUUGUUUGCAGGUACAAGUCACCUACUUAGGUUGUUUGGAGUUUGUUCUCUCUGAGUUUUCCCCAAAGAAAUUUAAAAUCUCGACUCAACCAGAGAUGUUCAUAUGGUUUUCUGUUCACCACUGCCAUUUUGGUUGGGGCUUUACAGGGAGAGCUUAUAUACUUCUUCAUAUCCUGCCCUCAAGGUUGUGAAAAUGUAUGUACAACCAAAGUUGUUUGGAUAGUUUGCACUUUUGCAACGAUUGGUAACUUGUUAUAUAUAAAUAAGAAUAGAGGUUUGAAAUCAA